AUGACAAAACAAAAAUAUGAACUAAUCAAUAAUCAAAGGAAUAUAAGUAGCUUCAAUAGGAAUUCAUUAGCGAUAAGUCUGUUAACAUUUAUAUGCAUACUAUUAUUUACUGUAAUAUUCUUAUUUUGGGAUGAAAUUUAUAAUAAGAGAUUAAAUAUACCUCAAAAAUCAAAUGAAAUUCCAUUAUUUUGGCAACAUAGAUUAGAUCAAUUAGAUUUUUACAUCAAUAACUUUCAUGCUAGUGACAAAAGUAGUGUAAAUGAAACAGAUAAUGAUAAAAUUAUUGUGCAACCGUCCAAAUUUGGAAGUUAUAUUUAUUCAAAUGAGAUUGAAAAGCAUGCAAAAACGCUAAAUAAGAAGCUGGUUUGUUAUUAUACAACACCGAGUCUAUCCAACGACGUACACAAUACGAAGAAGACGAGAAGAAGAAGAAGCAUUGGGGACAGUUUUCUUAACAUAAGGGAUAUUAAUCCGUUUUUAUGCACGCAUAUAAAUAUUGGCGUCGUUUUAGUCUCAAAUUGUUCACUAAAACUCGAUAAAGAUCUCAUCAGUGCCAUUCAUGGCAGCAAUGAACUAAAAAGUAAAAAUGACAAGCUCAAAAUUCUUUUGUGGGUUGGUGCUGCUGAUGAAUCAGAGGGAUUUCCAGAAGUGGUCGCAAAUCACUCAAAUCGAAAACGAUUUAUACAGUCUGUGAAAGAAACACUCGAAAAGUACGGACUAGACGGAAUUGAUUUAGAUUGGGAAUUUCCAAAUGGCUCUAAUCAACAAAGAAUACACUUCAUGCAACUUCUACAUGAUAUUCGACGAGAGUAUCAACGUGAACACAGCACAUUUUUACUGUCAUUGGCUGUAGCUGCACCAUCAAUUUUUGUCGAUAUGUGUUAUGAUGUUCGCAUGAUAAACGAGAAUGUAGAUUAUGUCAAUAUUAUGACAUACGAUUAUCAUUUCUACACAAAAGGCACACCAUAUACAGGUUUUAAUGCACCUUUAUAUGCAAGGUCAAACGAGAAGGGCUUUUUUGAAACAUUAAACAUCAAUUACAGUGUAAAUUACUGGAUGUCAAAAGGCCUUGAUAGAUCAAAAAUCAUCAUUGGACUGCCAACUUAUGGACAUUCAUUUAAAUUAGUCAAUCCAUUUAAUACGAAAGUUGGUGCGCCAGCUGAGGAUAUUGGAAGUGUUGGAACAAUGGGUUUCGUGACUUAUUCAGAAGUUUGCUGGUUCCGAGAAACAAAUUAUAAUGUACGUAUUGAAUAUGAUACGGAAACUUGCUCACCAUGGCUCUACGCCGGACUCGAAUGGAUAUCAUAUGACGAUGAGAGAAGCAUUGAAUGUAAGACAAAUUAUGCAAAGAAUAAUCAUUUCGGUGGAGUUAUGAUUUUCUCAUUAAAUACUGACGAUUUCCAAUUAACAUGCUCAGAUAAACAGUAUAAAUCAUCAUCACAAAAAGGUGAUGAAAGGAAAACUUUUCCCUUACUUCGUAAAGUACAUUCGAUUCUAUUUCAUAACUCAACAGUUUAA